AAAAAUCUCAUGCCAAGUCCAGUCACAACAAGAGGGAUCCUCCUCCACAGUUCGAAUCUCAAUCCUACUUAUGCAAGUCCGAUUCAACUACACGCCCAUCUUCUUGGCGCUCGUUCUUCUUCUAACAGCAUCAACAGCUCAAUCAGCCAAUACCCCAUCCGCAUUGCGGUCGAUAAAUCCCCGACAGUCACCCACUGACUCAUACUCGUGCUCGGUCGUUGGGCAGUGCGAAGUAUGCACAGAUUUGGAAAAGAAAACACAACCUUACUGUAAAGAAUUCGGUAACAAGCAACGGAUAAGCUGCCAGUACAACAAGGAUGUGUCCGAUAUAUCUGAGCCACUUCCCAUGUUUAGAGGAUGUCCACGCGUUCAAUGGGUAGAGCGAGCGCGGUACUAUCAAUUCGUGGUGAUCAAUGUGAUUAUAUCCUUACUUGCGGUAGGCGUAUUUUCAUGGAGGCACCGCAAACUUGCUGGGGAACAGUAUCGAAAAAUGGCACAGCGUAUUGGGAUAUCAGUGUAGUGUAGCAUAGCAUAGUGGAAAUUCAAUUGCAAUACCUUUACUCUACCUAACGUCUCCAUCUUGUUAUUGACAAGGCUUACGAUGGUUAAAAAACCAUUUGGCACAAUUUUUUUUUUUAACUAUUUUAACCUCCAUGUCACACAUUCCGUAAUAUACAACUUGGUGUUGCCUGGUUCUCAUGAUAAGCCUGUCGAUUCCCGCCAAAUGUCGUACCGGAAUUAGAAGCUUGCGGCUUUCUCAGGGUCCUUCGGAUAUGAUGUAGCGGAAGUUGGGGGUUCAUAAUUA